AUGGCCCUCCGGCCUAGAUUCGGUGAGAUUCGCUCCCCUUCCCAUGAUACCCUCCGCAGCGGGGCGCCCUCCCCGCGCAUUGAGCAUUACGAUGGUGAAAUCCCUCCCGCGCUCUCCCCGCUCGACGCCUUUGCCGCCCAGGGCCGCCUUUUAGCCCGCCAGUUGGAGGAAUCUGCCCGGAGAAACCGUCGAAUGAGCCGAUUGCCUCCAUCCAGUGUGGCACGCUCUCUUUCGCAACCUCGACCAGGCUAUUUCCGAUCGGCGUCUACCAGUGAUGCUCGCGGAGGAAAGCGCCAUGAGUUAUCGAGACGGCCAACGCAGAAGAUGAACCCGGAGGUGGAGGAGCCUAAGUUCCGCCCACAGUCCGAGCAUCCACGGCUCAGUGCCAUCUCACACCUGUCAAGUGCAGAAUCGAAAGAACUAGAGGCGCAAGAAGUUGAACACGAGAAGAUGGAGGAAGAAAUAGACGAUAAUACUACUCCGCGACAAGAAUUGACCGUCGAUGUCUUCGUUCCGCCACGCUCCGAGUCUCCGGACAACAUCUCUGCCUACAGUGCCCCCGAAGGGCCCCGUCGCUUUUAUUCUGUUGCUCCUUCUCGUGCCCCCUCUGAGGGUCCUACGCCUCCGGCAGGGGUUGUGCUGAUGCCCCCAUCUAGAACUUCGUCCACCGAUUCAGCUUCUCACUUGAAUAUUCCGUCGCGUGGGUUGGCCCCGCCUGCCUCUCCUCUCUCGCGGCCACCGAGCAGUUCCCGAGGUGGUCACUUCGAGAGCUCAGAUGAUGAUUACAGCAGCUCAGCUGCAGGCUCGACGUUCUCAAAGCCACGGAAAAUGUCCUCCAGUAGCGCAAUGUCUAUGCCUUACUCGCCCAUGUCUAAUGCCCAGAUCCGCUCACAUCCUCGGUCUCCGUCUAUGAGCUCAGAAACGUCCAACUACGGAUUGUCCCGCCCGUCGUAUAAUUUCUCUCGGCCCUUGAGUCGAUCUGGCACGAGUCUCUCGGCCCCCGGACCGGUGUGCUCAUCUGAAGGGAUACAAAGCACUAUCAAUCGUGGACACAAGCCCAGUCCUAUCAGGGUGCCAUCUCCAGCGGAUUUGGCUUUACACCCACACGAGGAUCCAUCCUCGGCUGUUUCGUCUUAUAUCCACACCAAGUACGCUUUGCCUCGGGGACGCGCUGUCUGUCGCGACUCGGUUGUCUUCUCGGGCCUGCAGACUCCUCAUUUUGAAUGGCAAGAACCGCUGUUUGAGAGUCCUGAUCGCCAGGCGGCUGCGGAACCUUCUGAGUCUCGGCGGACUCCAUCUCCAUCACCAUCAGGUAAAGAGUCUGUGACUUCCAAGUCGCGAUCUAUCCGCGAGUCGCCCAGUUCGUCUCGGAGACUAUUGACACCUGAGCCACCACUACCACAAGCGAGUUCUCUCUUGCCCAGUGAUGGCCCAAUACCUCCAAGGCGGACAUCCACCGAGUCUGCUACAGCAGAAGCUGCACCAUCUGAACCAGCAGUGAGCAAACCUGCACCACCGACGCAGACAGAAUCCGAAACGUCCAGAAAUGACAAUGCCGAUGCUACGUCUUCUGCUGGCUCUGAAUCCACUCUGCGCCCGCAGACGGCCAGAACACACACGACUUCGGCCCCCAUCACGGCAGACGAACACGUGACCAGAGGUAUUGAGUGCCACGAGAAAGGAUCUCUCAAUGAAUCCACGUAUCACCUUCGUAUUGCGGCAAAGCAGAAUCAUCCUACGGGGAUGCUGCUCUAUGCAUUAGCUUGCCGUCAUGGUUGGGGAAUGCGACCGAAUCAGCAAGAGGGUGUACGGUGGUUGCGCAAGGCUGUAGACUCCGUGGGACUAGAGCUCAUGGACGACUCUAACCCGUCCAUCCCUGUGCGUAUGAGAGAGCUCCAGAAGGCUUAUCGCGCUCAAUUUGCUCUCAGCAUCUAUGAGCUCGGUGUGAGUCAUCUGAACGGGUGGGGUAUAGAGCAGGACAAAUCCCUGGCCUUACGUUGCUUCGAGAUUGCGGGUCAGUGGGGUGACGGGGACGCGCUCGCAGAGGCCGGGUUCUGUUACGCAGAAGGUAUCGGCUGUAAGAAAGACUUGAAGAAGGCCGCGAAGUUCUAUCGCCAAGCGGAAGCUAAGGGGAUUAACAUGGUUGGCAACAGCUGGAUAUACAAGGACAAAUAUCUGUCAGACGACAACCAUAAUGCCAGUUCUCGUGGUCGUGGCCGCAGUCAGCGAUCCGGUAGUACUCCUGACAAGAAGAAUCGCAGCAAAUCUCGCACUCGCAGCCUCUUUCACCGGAAGAAAUCCGUCGCUACCGAGGCCUGA